GCCGAAACGAAAGAUCUCUGCAACCGCCGAGCAAAAACGAAACCUUAGCUAGUAUAGAACGCUUCUUUUAAUUUAUAAAUUUAAAUUGAUUGCAACUAAUUAACAUACGUAUAUAUAAACAUAUUCCCAACGAACCGAACAUAACUACUCACUUGAAAAUCGACGAAACUGUGUUAUAUAUUUUUGUAUACCAAAUUGAUACUUCCUGUAACGAACUCUGUGAAUAAUUCGAAAUCAAAUAAAGGAAGGAAAUUUUGCGAAAUAAUUGUCGAAGAAGAGAACUGCUCCACAUACCGACAAUAUUUUACUUGGUCUGUGCGCGAAACAAAAUAAAUGAAUUGACGUCAUUACACUGCAAGAAACAGUGGAAACAGUAAAUAAACUGUUUACAAUUACACACAGAGUGGAGUGAGUGAGUGAGUGAAUAUAAAUACAGGUUCGUGUUAACAGCAAGGCAUGCCAAACUUUGGUCUAACGACGCCAAGGAUUUCACAGCUAAUGAUUGAGGAGAAUCCAUCGAUGACCAGGUGAAGUAUAGCAGGGACUUUCGGCAGGGUCGGACCGCACCGCAUAUGCAGAAGCUUGAGAAAAUACAGAAAAAAACCAAAACAAAAAACGACGGCAACAUUUUUAUAUACUAAAGUUACAUAAAAAUGGCUGAAAACCAAACAAAAACGACCUCUGGCAAGGGAUGUAAUGAGAGCAGGUCCUCCCAUGUCCUGGCGCCCCACAACGGGACUGUGGCGCGCCGGGUGGAUCCUGGCUCCAGGCCCAAGGACAGCUUCCGAGCAGAAAGGGCGAGCAGCAAGCACGAUAUCGAAGACUGGCAAACGAUGGCCAAGAAUAAAUUGAAGCGCAAAAAGAAGUUGAGCGCCUCCCUGACCUCAGUGGGAGACACGGUGAAUCAGGAGAAGCGCACCCGCAUCGAGGGCAUUCAAUUGCAAUGUCGCGGGAAACUGCGUCCCAAGGACACACAGUCCUUCGAGGCGGCCAAGGCGGUAGCGCCAGCCGCAGGAUCAGCCAAGCCAGCUGGCAAAGUGGACAAAGAGCAGCGGGAAAGGGAACGUCCCGUCAUAAUCGGUGGCGUGACGACCACAACUGUGAUGGCAGCUCCGCCACAGCGGAUCAAGAGGAAGCUGCAGGAGAAUCUGGACACCAUCCAGAAGCUGAACGCCCUCACCGAACAGCUCCGGCUGGAGGUCAACGAACUAAAGUCCAGCCUAAUUACAGAACGAGGAGCUGUGAGGGCCCUCAGGGCACAAAACGACGCGGAUAGCCGCCGCUGGAAGAGUGAAGUGAAGAAGCUCCAGCACACGCUGGAUAUUGCCAAGAAGAGCAAUGGUGUUAAGAAACCCAUCGAAUCGGGCCCGGAAUCGGCCGGCACACUGGUGACCGCCGAUGGCCUAAUCAACUAUGAAAUCCAAAGACUGACAAACGAGAUCGCCGUGCUAAAGGAAGCAAAUCGAACCAAGGAGGAGAAGACCCAGAUUAUGGGGCAAGCUGAUAGACUCAAGGCUGCCGAUAUGCGGCAAUUGAAGAACGCGUAUGAAAACCGAUUGACUCACAUACAGAAAUCAGCCAAAAUUGAAAUAACACGUUUGCUAGAGGAAAUCAAGACCAAAGAACGUAAUAUAGGACAGCUUAGGAAGGACUUGCUGGCACUACAGAGUCCCAAGAAACAGCAAAGGCAGCAGAAUGAAGCCAAGGUGCCACAAGCAACGACAAAACCCAAAACGAAUACAAACGAAACGAGCCAAAAGCCAAAGAAGAAACCCACUACGAACCCGGCGAAACCCACAGGAGAAACCAAAGCCGAAAACGAACCAGAUACAGAUAUAAAAGAUAUACAAAAUCCCAUACGCCAGGCUCAAGUUACACCUGAGAUAACCCAACUCAAGAACAUUGAGCUAAUCAACAAUUCGAAAAAUGCGCAUAAAUCAGCGCUCGAGAUGCGCACAACCACAACAGCCACAACAACAUCAGUGAAGAGCAGCCAAGGCAGCAACUUGGAUGACGAGAUGCGGGCCACCACCUGGAUGACGACGCUCCACAGCAGCCAUCCGGCCCUCAAACCGAAGGACCACAAUUCGGACACAGAUUCGGCUCUGUCCUCGGCCCCGCCCUCCAUCAGCCCGCAGCCGCCUUCAAGUGGAUCCGACAGCGGCGUCAUCUGGCAGACUCUGCAGGAUAUGGACAAGCUGCAAAAGGAAGCGGAAAUGUACCAAAAGGAGAACGAGCGCCUGCACAAGGAGGUGCAGUUGAUGAAACAGGAGCUGGAGAGUGCGGAGCAGGCGGCCCUGUCUAGUGGCCGGAAACAGACACAAAUCGGGGAGUUGGUGCAACGCAUCAAGGAGCUGGAGGGUCAGAGAUCGAGCAUCGAGGACGAGUCCAGCGAACUGCGCGAGCAGAAUGAACUCCUCGAGUUUCGCAUACUCGAGCUGGAAGACGAUAGCGAUAAGAUGGAGAGCACCUGCGAGGGUCAUUGCCAGCGACUGCAGGAUCUGUUGGAGCAGUCUUCGGCCCAGGAUCUGGAGGAUCGGGACAAGCGGUGCCUGCAGCAAUUGCUGCAAUGUGUCCAGCAACUGGAUCUGGAUGCUAUGAUGCCAGGGGAUCAGAACGCGCAUGCCCGGAGGCCAAACAAUCAAGCCCAAAGUCACAGUCACAACAGUCAGAACAGGAUAGUGGCCACAGUGCAGCCGUAUAGCAACUGUGCCACGCCCUCGUCCCCGCCCACGCCCAGCAAGAGGCACUGCAGCCAGGUGAGCUCGUGGCAGAGCAGCAGCCUCAGCGAGAGCGGUGUGUUCGUGGAGUGCGACCUUGCCCCUCUUACGCCGACGCAUUCGCAAGGCCAUCCGCAUCUGCAGUACUACCAGGAGCGACUGGAGCAGCUGGAGGGGAAGCUGCUGAUCUACGAGAGUAGCGGCGAUACCCAGACCCGUCACCUGGCCCAGCGACUGCAGAAGGAACUGCAGCUGGAGAAGGAUCUCAAGGAGCUGCUCGACAGGGUGCAACAGCUCACCGACCAGAACGCGCAGUUGGAGGAGGCCAAAUGCGAGUUUGAGGAGGCGGAGAACGACACUCGGCUCCACUUGCAGCGCAACGAGGUGGAAUUGGAAAUCCUGCGGCAGCGCAACGUUGAAUUGGAAUUCGGGAAGGAGGCACUGGGUGCCAAGUACAAGGACUGCCGUGCUGAAGUUAUCAUUCUGCGUGAGGAUCUCGCAGCUGCCGAGACUCAGUUGGAGCACCUGCAAUCGGAACGAAAGCAGGCCCGGAAGGAGCUGCAAGAUCUACGGCAGUCCCUGCCAUUACUCCUGAUCUGGCGUCUUCUGUCACUGGCCAAGAUGGGCAAUGAAAUCUCCACCCCAAUUCACACUCCCCGGCUCGAAUCGGGCUACCAUGCCCAGGCAGCGGAGGAGCCACAAGUUGGGGACAAGCUACACCCAACAGAGUUUGGCCUGAGUCAGGCGGGAUUCCACCAUGCCCACCAUGACGAUGGUCGGGAGGUCACGUACCUCAAGGAAGAGAUUAAGAGCCUGCGAUGCCAACUCAAGGAACUGAAUGCCCGACACUACGAGGCCAUGGAGUCGGCCGACUCGCAUUGGGUCGAUCUGGAGCAGCAGUACAAGGAGCGUGAAGACGCCUGCCAGUCCAAGGAGGCCAGUCUGAAGCAGAAGAUAUCCCAGCUGCAGGACUGCCUGCGGGAGGACUCCCGUGCGGCGGCCGAAAAGAUACAGCAACUGGAGGAGGCCGAGCAGGGCCUGAAGUCCUGCCUGGUCCGCCUGACCAAGGAGCACCGUGAUAUUCUCACCGAGAACGUCACGCUGAAGAGCAGCUUGGAGAGCUUGGUGGCGAAGAUCGAAAGUGAGGCAGAGCACAAAAUGCCGCUCACUGAGGCCUUGGAAAUCGAGCGAAGACGCAACCAGUCGCUCAUGGUCGACCUAUCCUUUGCCAAGAAGGUACAACAGAACACGGAGGACCAGCUGAGGCAGGAGACGGACGCCUUGCGCUCCCAGAUCUUUGAUAUCAAGAAGGAGUACCUGCACAUCGAGGUGACCAACAGCGAGCUGAAAGAGGAGGUGGGCACGUUGGAAAACAAAAUCCGCCAGAUGGAGAGUCAGAUGAAGGACUCUGAGGAGCGGGCCCGUUGCCUAGAGGACGAGCUGCGUACCAAGGACGAGCAAUGCCAAAUAUUGGAGCGGAAGCUGGGCGUUAUACCCGAGAAUUACAGCCUGGCCGAUGAGCUUUACGACAGUCCGGCCAAGCGGGCCAAGAAGGAUGAAGUGCCGGAUCUUCAGGCGGCCAGCCAGGGAUUGGGCAUUGCCCUGCUCGACAUAGAGCGUCGUGAACGAGAGCUACCUACUCACAAGGACUUCCUGGCGGUUGCAUGCAGCGUGAAGCAACUGGCGGACACCCUCCUCUCCCAGAGUCCAUCCGAGGUGAGUCUCGUUGGCCGUAAGCCGGUCAAGUCGGCUGGAUCCGAUUCAAAAACUAGCUGGGCCUCGGUUCACGAUGAGGAUUCAAAAGAAGCAGGUGUUGCUGAUGAACAAAGUCAGGAGGGUCAAGUCAGUACAGGGGGAGAUGUCGGUCAAGUCGAACCAGAGAGUGGUGUCUGUGAAGCUAGCCCAGAGACUGAAGAUUUUAAAACUAUUCCAGAGACUGAUGUCUCUCCAACUAAUCCAGGCAGUGAAGUUUCUCAAACUAAUCCAGAUAGUGAAGUAUAUGAAACUAUUCCCGAAAUUGAAGCCUCUCAACCUAAUCCCGAAAGCCAAGUCUCUCAACCUGAACUGGAAAAUGAAGGCACUCAAGGCAUAGCAGAAUGUGAGGAGAGCGAUACGAUGUUUAGCCUUACGGCCACUAGUCAGUCAGUCAUCCAAAAGUUGUCAUCGCGCUCCAGGAGGUUAAGGGUAGCUAGAUUACGGCGAUCACUUGGUUCGUCCAACAGCCGCAUAAGUCUGGGAACUACCAAGCAAACCGAAAAUGUCUCUCGAGAAAUUACAGAGGGUGAACCUUCACAAACUCAAGAAAGCCAGGCGGGUGAAGUUGUGCUUCAUACAUCCUCAUCCAGGACCAUAUGCCUUAAACCAUGUUCAGGAGAAAUUGAUGAAUCCAGCAGUCACACUAUUCUGCAAGAUCUAGAAACUGCCAGGCAACCGGAUGAGAACAUCAAUGAGAAUGUUGAAGAGCCUUUGCCCAUGAUGAAAAAGCGAGCGAAGGUUCAGCAAGAGGAUCCGAAAAAAGAGCAAGAGAUCACGCUUCCUCGACGGCGUUCCUUGUUUCGGCGCUUCAUCUACAAACGCAUCUACCGUGGUCGACUGCGUCUUGCGUCUGCGAGGAGAAGAUCGGCAUUCCCCCUAGAGAUGAGUUCCUCCUGCAACAGUUUCCACUCGGCGGCCUCCUUGCAUACACUUCACUCAUCCAGAUCUAGAGUCUCUAUGCAUUCCCAGUACGCAAACAUGUUCAACAUGGAAUGGGAGCGAGUGUCCACAGUAUCCUUUGUUCAAACCGAUGUGGUAUUGACUCUGGAGGUAGGAAUACAAAACUCUCUGGACUGCUGCGAGCAGGAGGCGCAGGUUCAGGUUGAGACCACAGAGUGUGGUUCUCAGAUAGAAGAGUCCGUGGAGCAGCGUCUGUUACUGAUGCCCCUGCGAACCCGGUGCUUUGUCAAUCUCGUCCAAAAUGCAGUAGACACUGGCUUUGAUCCGGCAGCCUUUCGGGCGCGUCUCAUUCAGAUGUGGGAGAGUGACGAGGAAUUUCGGGAGAACAUCGAACGGAUGCAGGACAUGUGGACGGGAAGGGAACCCACGGGAUGGGUGGAGAGCUAUGAGGGAUUUGUGGCUGUGUUGGGUUGUGUGCGAAGCUUGAAGCUGGCCGUGGAGCCCUCUUCAUCGGCGCUGCUGGAGGAGAUUGAGCAGCGGAUCAAUGCGCGUGUGGUGCAGUUUUACAGUCGGAAGAUUGACUCGGAGCUAUGCUGCACCGUGUAUUACCCCGUAGAGCGUCAAAACUCAGUAUUCUUCAACGUCUCCAAGUGAGGCCGCAUUUCUUCUUUUGGAUGUAAUUGAACAUAAAUGUAAAUUACCGA